AUGCUUCAGUUCGAUACCGAGUACAGGUUCGACAUGGACGAUGCGUUUAGCAUGUGCAACCAGUCCAUAGCUUGCCCUUCCACAACCAACAGCUUCUCCUCCGCCUCGUCAGGCUUCGAGGCCAUGACACCCAUCUCUUCACGACGAUCGACACCCAACGAGUUCAACUUUGAGCAGCCCGUCUACACAGGGAAUCACGCCAUCAACAUGUCACCGUCCGCCGCCACCGACUCGAUGGCCAAGUACUUCCCUCAGCAGCACAUCAAGCAGGACCCCGAGCAGCUGUUUGACCCGCUACCCAUUACGCCCAUGAAGAAGUCCAACCCCAUGCCCACCGACUUUGAUCUGCUGGAUUUUGGCUUUGGCCAGCCCAUGGGUACCCUCACCCCGUCGCAGUCCUUUGGCGUGCACCACGUUUCGCCACAGACGAUGUUCCCUACGUCGUACAUGAUGACGCCCACACACAGCAUGGCCGGGAGCGAGAGAUCCGCCUCAGCCUCGUCAUGGUCCGUCAUCGAGAGCCCACACGGCAGCAGCUUCAGGGCCGACGAUAUCUUCCAGGACAUGCCCAAUUUCAAACUCGAGCGCCAGACACCCUCGCCCAUGAGCCAAGGGUGCUUUGGGGAGCCCGAUUCCCACCAAGAACACCUCCGCAGACAGCGCAAGCUCGAGUCCCGCCGGGCACAGCGCAACACCGCACAGCUUCGCCGGGCGACGGGUAAAGAGCACAAGCCCGCUUACGAUUGCAAGAAGAACAUUAAUUUUGCCAAGAGCCCUCAAUUCUUCUGCGACUUCCCGGGAUGCUCCAAGAAGUACCAAAGAAACGAGCACCUCAAGCGUCACAAGUCAACUGCACACGGAGAAGACGCCCCGAAAGGUGUUGGUCCCAUGCUCUACACGUGCGAAUGGUGCGGCAAGUCCCAGAACCGCGAGGACAAUCUCGCCUCGCACCGCCGGCUACACGCCCGUCCCAACAACCGCAACCGGGGAGUCGAAUUCAUCCCGGAAGCCGUGCCCAUCAUUGAAGCUGAGGAGCGAGCGCGCAAGCGCCGCGUCACCGCCAAGGCCAAGGAGCUGCGGGACGCCGACAUGAGUGCAGACGCCGAUUAUGUCGAGGCUGACGCCAGCAAAUAUUACUUCUAA